AAGCCUCUUUAUUACCUUUUUCUUACAUCAAUUUAAAGAACAUCUUGAUAUCGACAACUGUCAUUUAUUUUUAAGAAAAAAUCACAUUUAGUACAAACACUCAUAGUCCUACAAGUGGUGAUAAUUUAAGACAAUUCUUUAGAUAGCUUGUCAGUAGCAAAAUAUUUAUUUUUAAGGAUAGAAAAGUGAGCACGCCUAUGUGCUGCGUUUAUAUUAUAUUACUCCCCAUGGAUGAAUUCCUUUAAAACGACUAGAAAUACAAAGCGAGUUCGUUGUUCUGAAAAUAAUGCCUAGUUCGGAGCUGUUUAGCUUUGCCAGAAUUACGAUGACUUUAACAGGCAUCUGGAAACUAGAACUAUCUUACCCAUUCAAACGCUUUACGGAUAUUUAUAAAACGUAUUCGGUACUGGUUCAUUUAAUUUACAUUUCAGUUCCUCUGUUGAUGACGCUGAAUAUCCCAUACCUUCUACAAAAUAACCCAAGUGAAGCUCCCGAGACAUUAUCAAAAACGCUCUAUUGUAUCUUAUUGCUAGUGAAGCUGUUUUCAUAUCAAUCCGAAAAUUCUAAGUUCCUGCUCACUGAAGCCAUUGUAGAAGAGGCCCAGUUAUACCAAUACGCAGAUAGUUUUACCAAAGUCAUUUACGAAAAACACGUCCUAUUUUGUAACCGACUAAAUAGAUUUAUUCUAAUAUCGGUCGCGCUUUCGGGUGCUCUGUUAUGGGAAAUUGGAAUAGUAGAUAGUUAUAAAUUUCACAAACUCCUCAAAAAUGAGAGUCAGGCGCUAGUAAAACCUCUGCCGCUUAAAUGUUGGUAUCCUUUCGAUGAAAACAAGUACCACGUCUGGGUUCUCAUCGAGCAAUUACUUACGUUAGUAUGGUUCGCAAUAUCGAUAGUUUCGGUACAUACUUUCAUUAACUCCGUUUUGAUUUAUACGAGAGGACAGCUAAAAAUAUUGCAGAACUAUUUUAGCAAUUUUCAUAGAAAUAUCUUCGACGGGGGUAGCAAUGGUAGUCUCGCAGCGUUAAAGCUCCUGUGCGGAAAACACCAAUACUUAAUUGCAUACUUAAAUAUCGCAAAUCAAACUUUGAAAACGGUAGUGUUCCUCGAAUAUGGCAUAUCUUCCAUAAUGCUAGCCACAGCACUUCUUCAAGUUAUUGCGGGUAAGAAUGUAAUAACCAAUGUCGUUCACGUAUCGGUAAUAAUCAGUCAACUGUUGCUCUUGGCAUGGUCGUCGGAUGAAAUCGUAACACAGAGUCUCCAAUUAGCACCUGCACUUUACCAAAGUAAAUGGUACGAAUGUGACAGGGAAUCUAGAAUAUUGAUCAGGAUAAUGCUGAUGAGAUGUCAGAAGCCUUUGAGUAUCGAUAUAGGUUCGUUUGGACCUAUGACAGUUCGGUCAGCAAUGUCGAGGCUGAAAUUGGCAUAUUCGUAUACAUCAGUGAUGACGAACUGACUGUGGGAAACCUUU